AUGCCUUGUUGGGCUACUCAAAUUAUGGCUGGGGUUGUGGCUAUGGCUUCUGUCAUUGAAGACUUCGACUCCCAGCCUUGCAAAAAAUCUCGCAAAGAUGGUGACAGUCCUGUGGUCAAAACAAUCACAAAUUAUUUUUCUCCUGUUCCAAAACCUGUGGAGAAACCGUUUUCUCCUCCUCGCUCCACCAACAUCUUGGACUACUUUAGCCGAAAGGCUUCCUCCUCUAAAGAAAAGACAUCCCCACCAGAAAAAUCUAAAGAAAACCGGCAAAUGUCUCAACUUGCAGAAAACAAAAUCAACCCGGAAUUGGUGAAACAGCCGUCUCAGAAACGGGGACGAAAGACCAGCAGAGCUGCCCAGAAACUUGUGGCAGUUGAAACUUGUUGCUCCUCUGAUGAGGCAAGCUGUCUGAUUGUAGAAGAAUCGGACAAAAGCAAAAACUCCACAACAGAUGCACUCAGAGGGUACGGGAUCGUUGGCAGCGACACAGCAGCUCUGCUCUCAAAAAUCAGUGCAGAGGCUUGUGGUGAAGGAAAAACAUCAGAACUCACUGACUCCAAGAGUGUCAGAGAUGAGCGCGCUCAAAGAGAUAAACCCAAAGUAGAUUGUCCAGUGUCUGAAGAUGAUGUCAAAUGUGACCCAGCACAAAACACUACUAAGUUAUCUCCAAUUUUAUCAGCAAGAAAAAAUGUAAGACAGGUUAAAACUUCAGUACGAUUGCUUGGGGAGAGGCAACAAAAUGAGCAAAAACAUCCAGAGCCAGAAGGGACAAAAGCUGAAAGUUCAUUAUGCGAUGCCAACACUGAAGAAGAAACCUCUCAACUAAAUAGCAGCACAGUAACGAUCUCCUUUGAAGAUUUUGUGCGCAGUCAGAAUCCGGACAACAUGGAAGAGGACAUAAACGAUGAAAAGAGUAAAAUUGGCGGAGGUGGAAUCAUAGUAGAAGCAGAGGAAUUGGACUCUGAGCAGCUGGACAUCCCUAAGGUUGAAGGAAAUGAUAGUUCCAUGGUGCCAGCAGUCCAGAUCUCACCCCGAACUGUUACUAUCCAGGCUGAGGUGCAUGUAGUCUCACCCAAACACGAGGCAGUUAAGGCAUUGGGAAAGGUGGCUUCAAUCUUUAACCGGAGAAAAGGGACUCAUAACCCUGCAGAGAUAGUCUCACCUUCUCUCACAGAUGCUGGAAACCCAGUCAAGAGGAGAUCCAAUGUGGUCCUUCAGGAGGAGGAUCUGGUGUUGGCAGUACUGGAUUGUGAAUCCACUCCAAAAAGCAGUGAGGCAGAGAGGAAACAGUUUAUGGCUGCCUUCAAACAGCCCAGCACGGAGGGGUCCAAAGCUAAGCCUGUCAAAAGCCAGGGCAAACAAAAGCAAACUGAGGAGAAGGUUCUGGAUAACUCGGAUAAGGUCACAGAAGAGGGCUCUGUAAUCCCACCGUGUGCUGAAGAAGCCACUCAGGAGCACAAUCCGGCCAAAAAGAAAUCUGCAAAAAAAGGAAGACGCAAACCUAAAAAUGAAAGUGACACAGUCGCCACCACAUCUGCUGGGACAGCUGUGGAAGAAAUGGUGGCCGCAGUUAUUGAGGUUGAUGACAAAAUGGAGGAGCCUCCCGCCUCAAACUCCGUUCUGUCUGCCCCAGCUGUGAGGAGGUCGAGGCGAGAGGCGGUGGUCAAGCAAACGCUUCAGACCGCCCCAACAACUCCUGCCAGAAAAACCAGGAGACGGAAUGAGUUGUCCGAGGAUUCCGUAGCUGGUUCUGUUUCAGCUCAGGACAGCGUAGUUUGCAUGUCCACCCCAAAGACACGCAAGUCCAAACACGGAGUCUUUGUUGCAGAAAUUCUAUGCCCAACGGACGCAGAAGAAAGUCCAAUCAGGAUUAGAUUCAGUAGAGUUCAUCAAAAUGUCUCCACAUCCAAGAAGAGAACACAAAGUGAGCCAAAUCCUUCUUCGACAACUGGAACAUCCAAUAAGUCUGAAAAACAGAAGCAGGCAAAGAAGCUGUUGGAAAAAGCCAAAGUGAUUCAGCACAGCAAGAAAACUGUGGAAGAGCAGGACACAUUAAGGCGUUCAUCACGUUGCCAGACCAAAAGGAGAUACUGUGAAGAUGAGGAUUCUGUCAUCUGUUUGGAGGACACGACCACUGCUCAAAGCGCUCCAGAAAAGAGUAAAGCUCAAAGACCUUUACGCAGCCUGAAUGAUGUUCUGGGAAAAGCCGCAUCAUCCACCAAAGCUGUUCAAGGAUCCAAAGUUGUACUCUCAGACCAUGAGAAAUCUGCUCCGAAGGCUCAGACGUUGAUUUCCAUCUUUGAUGAGAGCAGUCGGGACGGCUCUGAAAACUCCCAGGAUGACGAGCAGUUCAGAGCGCGCAGGGAGUUCUUGAAGAGCGGCCUGCCAGAUACCUUUAGGAAGCAGAUUGCGAAGACUGCUGCCACCAAGGAGGCAUACUCAAUGUCCUGCUCCUCCUUUCAGCCAGUUACACACACAACUCAAGCCCCCGAUGACUGCCCCCUUUGGAGUUUGCCGUGGCCUGAAUCUUCAUCGCUGUGUCAUCUGAAGGAUUUGUGGAGAAGUUCACACCCACCUCCGUCUGUUAGCGGCUCCAUUAAUGUGAAGACGAUACCAGCCUGUAAACGCUCUAUCGAAAAGGGGUCAGGCUGGAGACCUGAGAUGACAGAGACUUUUCGGAAGCUUCUGUUAGGGGAGCUUAGCAACUGUAACCCUCACUUCCCCACACAGACGUUCAUCUCUCGCCUCUUAAAGAAACGCACUGACCAUCAGCAGCAGGUCACAGCUUCAGAUCAAGCUUUGAGAAAGAUGGAAAACACCAGCAAACCCCUGCCAUCUGAAUCUGUCGGAGGGAAGAGAAAGAGGAGGGAUGAUGUGGGAGAAAAAACAGUAAAGGUGGCUAAAAAACCUAAAUCCAACCAUUUGGAGGAGCCCCCCAAAAGAGGGGGACGCACAAGAAGAAGUCAACGAUCAAGACUGGAAGAAGAGGAAGGCGUGAAAUCUUCCCCCUUCACAUCUGAUGAUGAUUCUGUGAUUGUUGUGGAUGACGAAGAUACUGGAACAAAAGAUGUGGUGAAAGAAGAAGUGUUGUGGACGGACAAAUAUCAGCCCCAGCACUCCUGUGACAUCAUAGACAACACUGUCUCAGUAAAAAAGCUGCACAGUUGGCUAAAGGAAUGGAAAAUUCGUGCAGACAGAGAAGAGAGGAGAAACCUCAAAGAUAAGAAACAAGAAGAAUGCAGCAAUGACUCGGACUGGGACAGUGGAGAAAUGGACUUCCUGGAUGGGGAGGACAGGUUGUGUAAUACAGUGCUCAUCACUGGACCCACAGGAGUGGGAAAGACUGCUGCAGUGUACGCUUGUGCCCAGGAACUUGGCUUCAAGGUAUUUGAGGUGAACGCCUCGUCUCAGCGAAGUGGUCGUCUUAUUCUGUCCCAGCUGAAGGAAGCUACACAGUCACACCAGGUGGACAGUCAGGGAGUGGGUGCCCACAAGCCCACUUACUUCAACAGUUAUGGAACAACCAGUAGCACUGGCUCUGUCAGGCCUGGAUCUUCCCCCAGAAAGGGCCUUUCGCCUCGCAGAGUGGUUUCUUCUCCCAGAAAACCUCCUCAGUCACCGAGGAGGCCCAAGAAAGGAGGCCUGUUACCAAUGUCUCUCACUAAGUUUUUUAAAACGGGCCAGUCCUCCAGCAAAGAGGCUACAAACAAAUCAGCUGCAUCUGAAAAAAUCUUGAAAGCAUCUGAGGUCGGCACACAACAAAAAAAACAAACUGCCACCACCCCCAAGGACAAGAACAGUGAAGAACAGAGCAAGAAGACGGCCACAUCGCUGAUCCUAUUCGAGGAAGUGGAUGUUGUUUUUGAUGACGACUCUGGCUUUCUAGCUGCCAUCAAGACCUUCAUGACCACUACAAAGAGGCCGGUCAUCCUCACCACCAGCGAUCCUUCUUUCAGCGCCAUGUUUGAUGGAAGCUUUGAAGAGAUCCUUUUCAAAAAGCCUUCACUUUUGAAUGCUGGCAGUUACCUGCAGCUGCUGUGUUUGGCCGAGGACGUGAGGACGAACCCAGCAGACAUCAGCUCUCUGCUCAGAAUCAAUGGCUGUGACAUCAGACAGAGUUUGCUGCAGCUGCAGUUCUGGACUCGCAGUGCAGGAGGACGCCGCUCGGCAAGGCCAUUGAUGCAUGCCGGCAGAAGUGCUGAAGUGAAGCUAGAGACUGAAGAGGAGGAAGAAGACAAGUCUGUGAUGGUCACAUCCAGUCUCCCUCCCUGUGACUCGGGCUGCACCGAAAGCAAACUGGGCCUGCUGAACAUAGAACCAGACAGAGACAUUUGGGAGCUGCUCAAGGGCCAGAGUUUGAUGGAGGAGGCUGUUUGCUGGGAACUUCUACUAAAUAGCAGGCAACGAGGAGUCGACCUGCUCUACUCCAACAUGGAGACACUCUUACCUCUACCUCUCACACAGCUGACUACAUCUAAAUCUAAGCUAUGCGUUUCUCUGCCGCAAGACAAUCAGACUUCAUCCUUGCCCCUGCUGUCGGCGACCCGGCCUCCUGGUGUUGCCUCAGAGCAGUCGGCAGAGGCUUCUGACUGCUCUGAUGGUGCAAGUCCAGUCAAAGUGUCCCAUAGAAUGAGGAGGAAGAAAAAACAACACGUUCUGCCUGACCAAGAUGGACUGCACUCUGAGUCGGACUCCGAGGAUGGAUUUCCCUCUCUGUACACGCCACAAACUACGACCCAAGCCGGAGCGGAAGUGGAAGAGGGUGCAGUUUCAGAAAGGUUCAAGCGAAAGCCCCUCUCUCCAGAAGAGCGAAUAAGAAGUCUUCCAGUGUCGCAGUGUCUUGAGUCCAUGGCAGACUUCUUGGACAACAUGUCCUAUCUGGAUUCAUCCCUGCUUUUCCACCCAGGCAGCAGACACACUCGCAGAAUGUCAGCAGUCAGCGCCGUCAUUAAAGAUGGGAUGACAGAUGAGUCGGGGGCUGAGCCUUUCGGAGGGGACUGGUCAACACCAGGCUGCUUGGAGAUCCAGGCGGCUGUGGAGGCUCUGAGCUUCCACCGGUGUCAGGCUUCAGUGGCGGAGGCCUGGGACAAAGUUCAACAACUGCCGGGGGAGGUCAGAAAAGAGGCUGUGGCAGAGCUCAGCCUUCCUGUAGCCCCCCAUCAGGAGGCUAACAGCUUCACUCAGGAUGGCCCCUGUGAACCACGACUGGUCCAGCAGAGGAGAGAGUUGAUGGAGAACCUGACGCUCAGAGGGGUGUUUGGCUCCGUUAGCAGCAGACCUGCAGCAGCUCUGGACUAUUUGCCAGUCGUGCGCACCAUCUGCAGAUCAGAGCAGCUGAAGGAGCAGGGCAAAGUCAAACGGAGGUUCCUGCACUAUCUAGAUGCAAUCCACUCGGGUCUUGACAAGAGCACUCUACAGUUACUUGCUGAAGACUUUCCCUAAUCUACACAGAUAUAUUCAUGGUCACAUACAUAGAUCCUGAAUAGAUAUCAUUUGAUUCACCAGAAGUAACGCGUUAUGUGUUUAUGCAAAAGUGUUGCAACACACCAGCAUACCGUGAAGUUUUGAAGGUUGCUCAGCAAAAAAAUGACUAUUUCCACACAAUGUAUCGGUAUGAAAGUUGCUAAAUCCCUUAAUUCAUAGGACUUUGAGUUGGAAGGCGCACAACUAAAACAACCUCAUAUGUGAGAUCUGGUGCUUUAAAAGCUUUAUAUGAAUUCUGUAAUAUAAAAGUAUCUGUGUUCUUGUACAGUAUUGUGUAGCUUCACUUAUUCAUACUUUGUCCUUUUAAAUUUAUAGUACUUUUCAGUAGCAAGAAUGAGUUGAUUGGAAUGAAACUGUGUGAUAGAUCUACCAUCUGUAUUUCUGAAGAUAAAUUAUCACUUGCCUGGCGUCUUUGGCCUGAAAUGUUCUUUCAUGGCCUCAUGAUAUCACACUGAUGGGUGCUUUUUAUUUUCUUCUUUCAUCUAAAAUUUGUACAGAUUUUUCACGCUUGGAUUUUGCUCAGAUAAAAUAAAGACUUAACACAUCUAA